GUCAGUCUUCUCUGUUUGUUAUUCCCACUCCUUCGGUGUCACUGUCUUUAAUUAAAUGUCUUCUGAGCUUCUUUUCUCCCAAUUUUAACUCAACUCAGUGUUUAUUUGUUUCACGGAAAAUGCCGUUUUAGCCAGUUACCCAGCUAGCUUCUGUGGUAAUGGCCCACAGCCAUUAACAGUUAUAUUGGGGUGGUGAGGAGCCCAGCCAGCAACCAGCCAGGGAACCCGACGCAUAGAUUAUUAUUAAUUUAUUGUCAUAAUUUAAAUGUAUCAUUAUCACCAAAGCACUUCCAACAUUAGCUUCAACAAUCACAUUAGGCAGUUGAGUGGCAAUAAUUAAUCUCACUCACAAUUUGGGGAAGCCAUUCGAUUUUAAUAAUAAAGUAACCUGCGUCUUUUAACAUGGUGGAGAAUUGUAGCACCUCUAGCGGCUGCAGGGGUCACAUGGAUAAUUGCAUGUGUGCAAAUGGAAGGUAAUCAAUGUUCACUCAAACAAUUUAUGCAAGAAAUAAAGAAAGUAGCCUCAUACCAGACUGCAAUCUGUAUCUAACAUAUCUCUAUUUAUUGUCAACUUGGAAUGUUUCUGUUCUGUUUACAACCAGGUUAAACAAUAAUGCAAAACGGUAUAUAUAUAAAACUUAUACUAACGUUUCUACAGUAACCUAUUUUAUACUGAGAAAGAGGAAGGAAUUAAUUAUCGUGUAAAAUAAGCUGUGGAUGAUAGCUCCAUCACCCAAUCAAUGUUUGAACUUAUUAUAUUUCAAGCACCGGCAAGGCCUUGCGUUCUGGGAAUCUAGCAAGGCAGCGUUGCGUGUGUUGAACUCUGCUCGCCCGUUUUUUUAGAAUGCAUCUUUCGCACACAUCGAGGGAAACCUGUACGUAUGUCGAACAUCUUUCGUACCGUAUUUAUCCAUCGUGCUAAUCGGAGGUGCGUGAAUACGAGAACUCUUCCCUAACAUCUCAGUGCGAUGACAGUAAAAUUGUGUUAGCCGUGGCCUGGCACUGCCUUAUCCGGCAUCACCGAACAGUGUGAUUAGGCCGCUUUACUCCGUGCUGAUUCUUUGCAGUUUUCUACUCAGCGGGGGGACACAUCAUUGCCUGCCUUUUGCGACUGAACCCUAAUACGGGAAGAACCAAGCGCUCUGGUCCGUGUUUUAGCAAUAGCCGAAAGUCAGGUGUGGUCACGGGUAAAGGUGGAACGUGUUCGUUCGGAGACGAUUUUCAAGGAUCUCUGAACCAGCCUUGCCCUACAGAAAACGCUUACUCAAUGGUUAUUUUUUCUCAACCUCAAAUGACCCGUAUGCGUAUUUAAAAAAAAAAACAACAACUCCAAGACGAACAAGGGCGUGAUACAUGCACACGGUGCACUGUGCUAAUCCAGCUUCUAAUGUUGCAUGAAUGCAAUCAGAGGGUAGUAUGGGGCAAUGCUUACAUUGUUUGAGUAUGUAAAACCUCGUUAACGUAGCUCUUAUUAUACUCGUAAGCACGAGGAAUUAUGCAAGCAAUUGAUCAGCAAGCGCUGCAACACUUGGCCAAAAUGUGCUACUUGAUUCCAAAUACACUCUGUGACAAUGAAUUGGGAGGGGACUUUACGUAACGCGGUCACACACACACACACACACGCAUCAACACGAUAAGCCAAUCAAAUGAAAGGAAAACUAGCAAAAAAAUAAAACAAAUCAGAAUGAAUGGUUGUUGCUCUGCCCCGAGCCGGGGCUGCAGCCCCGUGGCAUCUCAACCAUUCAGACCUCAUGCCCAGCGGCAGAAACGGGGCGGGAGUCUUCCUCGGUGCACGUUGGGCGAGCCCCGCCAAUCGGUAGAGUGCACCUCGGAUCGGCUUAGUGUCGGCUCAGAGAUUUGCAAACGCGUCUGUUUCGCGUUGGCGAGCGAACGGCUGGGACAGGUGUUCGCGGUACCUGAUCGUAUCUGAAAGUCGUUCGUGUGUGUUUUAUAUACACACGAGCAUCUUCUGAAGGUAUAAUUAGCUCCAAUAGGUAUUCUUUAUCGUUUUUAGUAAGCUGUGUUUUUAAAAAAUAUAUAUUUGCGUCGAUUUCAACGAGCAAAAGUUUUCACCCCCCCCCCCGCUGACUGCGAUGGGAAACUCGUUAGGCUGUGUCGACAACCAGGAGCUGGAUUUCGAUCCAACAAAGGCUCCGCUUGAAGCCACCUCGGAGGUCGUCAACAAGACGUACAAGGGCAAGAAGAAAAAUAAGUCGAUGCUGAAGAAGCGCUUAUGUGUAUCAGACCCAGAGGCUCUGUCAAAAGAAACGGCAAUACCAGUGGAUGAAGUUUCACUCAGCACUGCUGUCCUAAACGAGUUUGAUUUACUGUCUGCGCAAGAUGACGGGAGAGUCAAGGCCCGGCUAUCGAAACACAGCAACAUUAGUUCGCUGGAAGAGGCUUUGGAUGCUCAAGAUGAAGCUGACCAGGGUGAAGAGCAGGAGGAAGAAGUGAAAGAGGUCAUCAAGGAGACUGAGGUCGAGGGAGUGAAGGUGACCAUAAUUGAACGCACGAAAAACAAAGUCUCAAAGUCUUCUAUGCAGGAUUCAGUGUCCGAGAUGGAUCAAUCGCAGUGUGGAGAAUUGUCCAAGGAUGACGUCAGCCUGGUUUCUACCGGAGGCUCGGGACUCAAACGGGUUUCCACGUCCAAGAAGACCAUGAUCACCACGGAGAUAGUGCUUCAGGAGAUCGCUGAUGUCGGCAAGUCGGCAAGCAUGUCACGCUUGGAACAGGUGCCAAGAGCCAAGAGCGGGGACCACAUUGCCGGUCAGAUUCACGCAAUCAGCUUGCACUCGGUUGUUGACCAGAAGAACAGGCGUGGAAAGGUGGACCUGGCGUCUGCAUUCCAAACUUCACCAACUUCACCGACCUCUGGACCCAAUCCAGAGCAGAGGCGGCAGAUUUUAGGAGAAGAUGGAAACGAGUCGCCGUUAAGCGACAAACAUAGCGCCACUGGGGUCACAAGCACUGGUGGAGUGGUUCCAAUUGUGGCAGAAAGAUACGGCUCGUCAAAUGCAGACUUCAAUGGGAGUAGCGUUUCUUCGUUGAGUGACCCAGACUCUGGUAAUUUUGAGCAGAGCGUGAGAAAACUGAGUCAGAUGAGCCCUGCAAAACGCCGAUUUUUCGACCUCGAGCCACCGGUUAAUAUUCAUCCUGCCAACUCCACGACAGAGGGUGACACGUUAGUCACUCAGCCGAAAGGCAAGCAAGAGAGGUCUGAUGGUAAAGAAGAUGUGUCUCCAAACCUCAGCGGCCUCAGCCUUGCCAUGCAAAGCAAGGCUCCAUUACGUUCAAUGAAAGUCCACGACGGAGAAUUGUUGGGUGAAUCAAAUGCGCUUGUAAAGCGGGCGGCCACGCCGAAUGAGGGACAUGCAACUGGGAAUGCUGAUGGAUGGUUGAAGGAAGAUUUAGCCGCUCAAGACAACGCCGGUCCUUUUGAAGUCGAAAUGGAGAGCGCUACCCCUGCUCUUGAAGCCAGAGAUUCAUCGCGUGAAAUGGUGUCGGCGGGGCAGGUGGGCGGCGGCACGCCAGGCAGGGAGCGGCUACUGGCUUGGGCGCGGCUGGUCGCAAAGGAUGUCCCCGGGCUUUCGUGCCACAACUUCUCGAGCAGCUGGAGGGAUGGGCGGCUGCUCUGCGCCAUCGUCCACGCGCACAGGCCGGGCCUCGUGGACCUGGAGGAGGUUCGGCGCCGGGGCGCACGGCAAAACCUGGAGGAGGCCCUCUCGCUCGCGGAGUCGGAGCUCGGCGUGCCGCGGCUGCUCGACCCGGAAGAUGUGGACGUGGACGCCCCUGAUGAGAAAUCCAUCAUCACAUAUGUGUCCGCGCUGCACAAUGCCCUUCACAAGCAAGACGGGCAGAGCCGUGUCGCCCUGGAUGCGAAUGAGGAUGCGGACGAGUUCUGGAGACUGGCUGCCUCCCUGCGAGUCUGGAUUGAGGAGCGUACCAUCACCCUGAAAAGCAGAACCUUCCCGUACAGCAUCGACAAGCUGAUGGUGAUGCAGAAGGAACACGCUCUAAUGAAAAACUCAGAGUUUCCAAAGAAGAAAGCCGAACUGCUGCAGCUGGAGGAGGUGUACAAGUCGAUGGAGCUCAGCAAUGACGGGCAUGAGGCCUGCCGGCCCGACGAACUCCGUGAAGCCUGGAGUGGCCUGCUCAACGCGUCCGCCAACUACGAAGACGCCAUCGUCACCGAGGUUCAAAGGCUGGAGAUGCUACAGAGGCUGGCGCAGAAGAUGGAGGUGGACACCAACACCUGCGCCGAAGGCCUCAACAAAGUCUACGAGGCUCUGCAAGCCGACGUGGCUCUGAUAAACUCUGGCCGAGUCCCACAGCACGGGGAGGAGAUCUCCCGCUGCCUCUCGGAGAUCGAGGUGUUUGUGCAGAGUCUCUAUCCCGACGUGCGGACGCUCACAGACGGAGGUUGCUCCCAGCCGGAGCUGCUGCAAUCCCGGCUCCGGCGGCUGGAGGAGCAGGUGGCGUCUCUGCGAGCGGAGCACGCGAAGAUCACGGCUCACGCCGGGGAAGGGGCUCGCAGCCGUAGCCGGGACGAGGCCCAACUGCAGGCGGCGUCUUCCCAGCAGGACCAGACCGCCGCGGCCUACCUGCAGGAGCUGCUCACCUGGGUGCAGAGCAACCAGGCAACGGUUGACAAGUCUGGCUAUGGCAAAGACUUGGAUGAGACGACGGCUCUGCUGGAGGAGCAAAAGGCCCUUCACCAAACCAUCGAGAACUUUCGGUCAAGCCUGGGUGAAGCUCAGGAAACAAUGCAGAGUGUGUCGCAAGGCAGCCGCUACGACUACAGCAAAUCACUGGACAAGCUGGAGCAACAAUACAGCAAACUCUUGAACGGCUCGCGAGCGCGGCUCGGGCUGCUCGAGAACCAGCAGGGCUUCCUGCGCCGCUGCCAGCGGGAGAUGCUGUGGCUGACGCAGCGCGAGGAGCGCGAGGUCGCGUACGACUGGAGCGACCUCAACCCCGACCUGGAGCCCAAGAAGGAGGCGUACGCCCUGCUGGUGCGAGAGCUGGAGCAAAGGGAGCCGGCGUUCCGGGAGGUGGUGCAGGCCGGGGAGGACUUGGUUGGCGAAGGCCACCCUGGAAAUCCAACCAUCCAGGCCUACCUGCUCGCCCUCAAGACCCAGUGGUCUUGGCUGCUGCAGCUGUGCUCCUGCGUCGAGACGCACCUGGCCGAGAACACUGUCUACUUCCAGUUCUUUAAGGAUGCCCGGGAGCUGGAGCAGCAGCUGCGGCGCGUGCAGGACACGGUGCGUCGCCGCUACGCGUGCGACACGAGCACUUCGCUCGCACGCCUCGAAAACCUCCUCCAGGAUGCCCAGGAGGAGAAGGAGCAGCUGUCGGAGCUCAAGGUGGGCACGUCGAAGCUGCUCAAGCGAGCCAAGGCCGUGGUGCAGCUCAAGCCUCGCCGGCCCGAGUUCUCGCCGCGCUCCCCGACCCCCGUCACGGCGCUCUGCAGCUACCACCAGGACCAGGUCACGCUGACCAAGCACGACGAGUGCUCGCUGAGCGGGGUGGAGGACGGCCGCUGGACCGUGAGCAACCCCUCCGGCCGCUCGGGCACCGUGCCCUCUGUCUGCUUCCUGGUGCCGGCGCCCAACAAGGAAGCGCUCGACUCAGCCGCACGGGUGGAGCAGCGGUACCAGGACAGCGUGUCUCUCUGGAAGCAGCUCUACGGCAAAAUGCAGGGCCUGUUGCUGUGGCAGCACCUCCAUGCCGACAUGGGCAUCGUCACGGCCUGGAAUAUCGACAACUUCCGUGGGCUGGCAGAGCAAGACUACCUGUCCGUGAUGGAUGCCCUGGAGAGCCACUACGGGCAGCUGGAGGGCCACAACGAGGCGAGCCAGGCCUUCUCCGCGGCCGAGAUGCAGCAGCUGCGGGGGGACGUGGCCGCGUGCCGCGCGCGCUACCAGCAGCUGCUGGAGCAGCUUGUGCUGGAGGAGAGGACGGACGAGGACAGCGAGCAGCUGCUGUCGGACCUCGCGGCGCUGUCUCAGCAGCUGCGGGAGUGUCAAGAGCAGCUGGCUCACGGCGUGCGCACCCCCCUCGACGCCGAGACGGCUCAAUACGUGCAGCUGUGCUUGACCGCGCAGGAGGGGCUGCACCGGGAGGUGGAGAGCCUCGGCUCGGAGGCGGACCGGGUGGCGCGGAAGUGCGAGCCGGUGCUGAGCCAAGGUGUCGCGAGCCCUCGCCUCCACGCUCUGAGGUCCCAGCUGGAGCAGCUGCAGCACUCGCUCCGGCAAACGCACAGCCUCUCGCUGCUCUACCGCGACAAGCUGAGCAUGUUGAACGAGGUCAAGACCAGCAUGGAGGAGACGGAGCGACUUCUCGCCUCCUACGAGGGCCGACUCUCCGAGGAGAGCGCCAUCCCGAACGAGACGGACAGCAUCGACGCUUACCGCAACACCGUCAGGCAAUGGCAGACGGAGGUGUCCCAGAAGCGGCGCUCGAUGCGGGGCCUGGAGGAGGCCCUGGACCGCGCGCUGACCGUGGGCGAGCGUCUGUCGCGCACGCACGGCGAGGCCUGCGUGGACUUGGCCCGCAUGCGUGACGCCACGCAGGCCCUGCAGGGCCGCUGGGAUAGCGUCGACGCGCAGGUCGACUCGCGGGUCCGUGACCUGGAGAAGCUGUCACGCAUCCUGGGCCACUACCGUCAGUCGUACCAGACCAUCAUGCAGUGGGUGCAGGAAGUGGGCAGCCAGCAAGAGGAGCCCCUCCCCACGCAGACGGCCGACUACCAGGAGCUGAGCUCCCAGCUGAACCAGCACAAGGAGCUGGUCACUGAGAUCGACAGGAGGCAAGACAAGGUGAACGAGUGCCAGCGUUACUCCGAGCAGUACUGCGCAGCGCUCAAGGAGUAUGAGAUGCAGCUGAUGGAGUAUCGCGCCCUGGUGGAAUCGGCGCACAGUGGCCCCAGCAGGCACCAGUGGCAGCAGUCAGAAGCUGACACCAUCGCGCAAGAGUUUCUCGAUCUGCGAGGUCGCUACACGGCUCUCGUGAACCUGACGGGUCACCGCGUGAAAACCAUCAGUGACUCGCUGCAGCAACUACAGCAGCAGGAGGAGACGACGGGAAAGUGCACCGGGAUUGGAGGGGAGUUCGUGUCCAGCGACCGCGGCGAGGAUUGGGGUGGAGAGGAAACGGCGGACACCUGCACACAGGUGUCAGCAGGGAGCCAGGCUCCACAGUGUCUGCAGGCCUUCAGUGAUGAGAGUCCAUCAUCAACGCAGAAUGCACUGCCGGAGCAAGACGCAACCGAUUCAGCUAUUUGCCUGAACGAAGACUCGGACGACGCGCAGAUAGCUCGUGGGGCCGAAGAGGAUCCGGCACGGGACGCGACCUUCUCGCUGGGGUCGCUGGACGGCUCGGAAGCGCUUCACGCGGAGCGCGACAGCCACCGCAGCGCAGACGGAGACGACGAUGAAGACGAGACGCAAGGCUGCGAACUCGAAUCUCCUUCGGUUUUCAGUCGCGAGCACGUGGGCCUUGCCACGGCGUUAGACCAACAGCUUGAAGACGAUGAGCCCGAAGACACAAGUAAAGCCAAGGAGGGCGACCCUAGCUCUCAGGAGCAGCAGUUUCUGGACAGCUGGAAAGCCAUGCACACAUGGUUGCUGGAGAUCUCAGACGCCCUGAGCCAAGAGCCGGGCUGUGACGAUGGCAUCGAUACACUUACGGAACGGCUCCUCAAGCUCAAGGAGCUUCAGGGAGACCUGCGCGCUCAUGAAGAGGCCUACAAGGCGUGCGUGGAUCUCGGAGAGUUGGCGGUCGAGGCCGCGGCCCUGAUGUCAAACCACGGCCAACUGCAGAGCAUGCUGGGAGAGCUGCGGGGCACGUGGGAGAAGGUGCAGGCCCUGUCUGCCGAGCGGGAGCAAAGCUUGGAGGCAUCGUUGAUGCUGUCAGGGCAGCUGGUUGACGCCCUGCAGGCCCUGUCCGCGUGGCUCGACGGCGUCGAACCGCUCCUGUCACCUGACUUUCCCGUCCUGGGCGACAUGGACACGGUCGCCAGGCUCCUGGCCGAGCACCAGGCCCUCCGCGAGGAGCUGUCGGAGCAUGGGCAGAGCGCGGAGUUUGUGCGCCGCGCCUCGCGGGAGUGCGCCGCGCUGGGCGGAGGGAACUCGUGCGGCAUGGUGGAGCGCUCCGAGGCACUGCUCGCUCGCUGGGAGGCCGUGUGCCGGCUCGCCACCGCCAAGGAGACGCGCCUCCACGCGGCGCACCAGCAGGCGGAGGAGCUGGCGAGAGCGAUGACGCGGCAGCUGGAGUGGUGCACUUUGGCCGAUCGGAUGCUCUACCCGCACGACGCCCUGCCUGAGGAGGAGGAAGCCUUGCAGGAGCUGGCCAGGCAGCACGCGGAGUGGAUGCUGGAGCUGGAGAGCAGGGAGGAGGAGAUGGCAAGGAUCUCUGGCCUGGCUGAUGCCAUCUUGUCUACCUGUCACCCCGACGGCACGAACAGUCUCAAGCAGUGCCUGGCCUCGGUGCACAACAACUUCCAAGAGGUGAGUGGCCGGGCCUGGCGGCUCCAGGCCUGGCUGGACACGUCGCUGCGGGAGCUUGAGGAGCAGGCACACCUGGCGGAGGAGAUGUUCCUGUGGCUGCAAGAGGCGCAGGACUCGCUGGCCGAGAAGGAGACGGAGCUCCUGCCCCAGGAUGAGGAGUCCAUACAGGGCCUCAUCGACGAGCACCAGAGCCUGAUGGAGAGGAUGAUGCUGAAGCAGCCAGAGAUGGAUCGCCUCGGUAGGUACAACAGGCGCAAGCUCUCCAGCGAGUCACAGCUGAGUGGGCCCCUCUCCCCGUUCCUGGACAAGACGAGGACGCGCAAGCUCUCGGGCUCGCAGCCCGACAGCCCCGUGUCGUCGCCGCUGUCCCCCGGGCCGCUGUCUGAGCCGCGAGACCCCCACGUGACGGCGCUCGUGGCCUGCUGGCACCAGGUGUGGCUCGCGGCGCUGGAGCGGCAGGGCCGGCUCCGUGACGCCCUCCAGCAGAGCCAGACGAUGCGGCAGGAAUUGGAGCAGGAAAAGUUCAGCUUCGCACAGUGGAGGAAGCUCUUCUCGCAACAGACGAAGCUGAGGAAGUCUCGUCUGAUGGAUAUCUUCCGGCGUCUGGACGGAGACCAGGACGGCCGCAUCACACGGGAUGAGUUUGUCCGCGAGAUCUCUCUGCUGGGGCUGGGCAGCGAGGAGUGGGAGCUGGACGCCGUGGUCGGGAGGUUCGGGGUGCAGGAGGGCACGCUCGUGGACUACUACCAGUUCGUCUCCGAGCUGUGCCCCAGCAAAGCUGGCGGCACCAUGACAGACGCCGACAAGAUCGACGACGAGGUCAUUAGAAAGGUGUCCGCCUGCAAAUGUCCCCAGAGGUUCCAAGUGGAGCAAGUAGAAGAAAACAAAUACAGGUUUGGGGACUCGCAGCAGCUGCGCUUGGUGCGGAUCCUACGCAGCACGGUGAUGGUACGCGUGGGCGGGGGCUGGCUCUCGCUGGGCGAUUUCCUCCAGAAGAAUGACCCGUGCAGAGCCAAGGGCCGCACCAACGUGGACCUGCGAGAGCGGCUGUCGUCGGGCGAGGGCGGCGGCAAGGCCAUGGUGCUGUUCCGGAGUAAGAGUGGGGGCGUGAAGGUGGCGGCUCCGAGCCGACACAGCUCCACCAGCAGCCUGCCCAGCCUGAGCGCCUGCCCUGAAGACGCCGUUCCAGCCGGCGGCAGCCGUGACUCCCAGCAGGCGUCCGAUGCCGCUGCGAACAAAUUCAGGAAGUCAGGAAAUGGAAAGUCUGGGCGCAAGGAGCGCAUUGGCCAGCUCAGCUGCUCCGUAUCCAGCAUACCCUCCCAGGCCCUGUCUUCAGCAGGCUCCCACAAGCCCUCGGAAAUGCCUCCAGCAGCCACCGCCGAGGCGCGUCCUGGGAACCACAGCAGCAGCAACAGCAGCAGCAGGGCGUCCCCCACGCAGCGACGCAGUGGCACCGCGCCAGCUCCACUGGCGACGAGGGCCACCAAGAUCGAGCCAUCCACAGCCCCGGCGGCCGACGGACCCAACCAGAGAGCCUCCCGGCCGCUGCCGGCCAAAGUGUCCAAGAUUCCCACUCACGCGAGCCACGCGACCUCCCGGACAGCCACUUCCAAUGGCCCAAAGCACUAAGGGCCUUGUUUCGAAGGCGGCACCGUUCUUCGGAAUGCCCAUUUUUGUUGUACGUACGUACAUAUGUUGAGGUUCUUUCGCACCAUACUUAGCCAACCGUGCUACUCGGAGGUGCGGGGCAAGGACAACAAACUACACGCGAAAAGCAGUUCGAUAUACAUGAGUUUUCAAUUUAAAAUGUGAAGCCAUAUAAUGAUAUAUUUUACAGUAGUUUGACCAGUGAAGCCAGUCUUAACUGGGAGAAUUCUACAUCCAAGCGUAUUUGAUACCCACGAUUCCACCCGAGAAAAUUCCUGCAAGAACCAACAGUCUUCUAUGUGUGGUUCCCCUGUUAAAAUAUCCAAUGAAUUGAAUGAGAUCCUUACAGGAAAACUGCUAUGGAUGAUUCCUUGCAAUAAAAUGGGAUUCUAUUGAGAUUCUGUUGCAGAUUUCGCUUAGCUAAGCAUUGGCAAUAUCCUAUCAAUAGGCCAAAAUUGCAAUUGAAAUGCAUUACUAUGCUUCGAGCAUAGAAUUGGCCCGAUUCCAUGUUAAUUGCAAUGUGACAUUGAGGAUACGAGGUCCCAUAGGACCUGGAUGGGCUAGUGGAGGCUGGCCCAGGGACGGUGCUUACCCACAUCUGUAUAAGGGUAUUGCCAAGCCUAGCAAGGCAAGGCAGGCCCCACUAGCCCUACUCUCUCACCUGUAUGUCAUGAUAAAAUUAGGGUGGAAUUGGCCCAGUUUAAUACAAUAGACAUUUGCACAUGGUCCAGAGUGGUAGUCUCAGAGAUCUGGGUGUUAGUCCUGAACACGAUGAGCACCCUGAGGAGCUCUAGUCCUGAUUAUGCUUGGAUAUUUACGUACUCAAUUAAAUGUCAAAUGCUGCACUGGGAGGUAAAAAAAUGUCCUUGUGAAAGUUUUUAAGCAGGAUACUCUGUAUGUCAGUGCAUGAUGAGAGUCUGGAAAUGAAGUGGUUCAUUAUCUACUGGUCAACAUCUGACCCACCAGAGUUAUUGUCACUUGUGCAUACAACAGCCAAUAUUAUGUACUCUUCCCUCUUACACACGUCAUAGGGUAUGAAGAUUUCACAUCAGAAAACAAUAUAAUUGGACCCUAGCAUAAAGGCCUGUUAACUAGGAUGUCAACAUUAUAUUGUGAGUUUCUUUUUCAGUAAAGUAACACUGAUAACUUUGAACUCGUUUAUCUCUGGGUGGAUUAACUUGGUUGUGGCUUAACCUUGCUUGUGGCGUAUAAAAAUGUUUACACAUGCCCGAAAUUCAUUAUUCGCUGUUCCUUAAUCUAGAAGGGACAGUGACUCAGUGCAAACCAAUCGACAAGUAAACCCAUUGCUUUAAUAUAAACAUACGAUGCAUUGUCAACUAUUCUACAUAGGGAAACACUUUUGUCACCUAAAUUACAUGUUUUGCAUUAUCCUUUUUUGUGUUACCAGUGCCACUCCUCCACACCAUUACCCAAGAUAAUCCAGUUGAGGCAUAUGAAAUGUGAUGUUACAUGCACUGCCAUGGGUAUGUCUCAUUGCCUUUUAGGCAUCGGUGAUUCUAUUUCAUGAGAUUUAAGGAAUUGUUCUUGAUGACAAACAUUUUAUUGCCACGAGAGAAUUCUGCAUUAGUGCAAAUAACUAUUUUCCCUGUGGGUAGUAACUGCACCACGUUCCAAAAGCAAUACUUGCAAGGUACAAAUUAAAGGCGUGUGAAUUUAUAUCCACUGGAAUGCACAACUCGUAGAGUUCAUAUGUUGCAGAACCACUGGCUGAUUGUAAAACAAAUAUUUAAAUAAACCACAGCUCCUCGAGUUUGAGAUAAUUUUAUAUAUAUUGGGGGAAUGUUUUAAUGGUAGUGGUUUAGCGCUAAAUGUAACUUAUUUUAAAGAUAUUGAAUGAUGGCGAUGUCAGAAAUGGGGACGUUUGUGGGCAUUUGUUUUGUAAAUAGCUACCAAAGCCUGGUCGACAUACAAUGUUCUCUCUCUCUUAACUGUGAAGUAUUGUGCACGCACAAAGCAUAAAUUCCCCCGGGAAUGCAAUUCGACAACGCCACUAUUGAUGCGCAUUUGCACACGGAAGCAUUGGAACACCACGUGACCAUGCUUGUUCUUCACAGUUAAAGGUCAAGGAUAAGUCGGAACUGGCUGGUAUUCCAUCUUAUAUACAGAUAUCUCUAGAAAGCUCACACUGCAAUGAAUGUCAUACUUUUAUCAUGUGUUGUGUAUCUUAAGCAAGUGGUUUUAGCUUUGGGACUAUUAAGUAGCUGCAAUGUGAUAUCAGGAAAUGUUAAUAUUGGUCUGUGCUGGCGUUUGCCGUAGUUGUGCCGAUGUUCGUUUAGAGCAGUGUGGACAUAAGAGCCCCAGGCUGAUCAAGUCGCACUCUGUGGCUUUGCAAUAUUCGUCAAUAUAAUCAAAUCAUUGAAAAAGUUUGCUUUUUUUAAAAUGAGAUUUUUAACUUGUAACUUUUUACAAUUAUACUACGCAUUAUAAUAGGUCGUAAGAUGCAUGUCUCACAUCAUAUUGCCAGAUGUUAAGGUCUUUGCUAUAUGGGUGUUUGCUCUUUCAACAAUAAAGGUACAGAAUGACAAAACUCA